AUGUUUCAUACCCAGACAUCUGUGCUGCGCCACGGAGGUGGCUUCUAUAAUACACUUGUCUUAUUGGGUCUGAUUUCGCUGUAUUUGAGCUGGUUUGCAACUGCUUCUGCCGGCUUCUCAUUUCACGAACACUCUACAGAAGAUCAACAACCCAUCGCGUUAGGUGGAGACAUUGAGCAUCACAACGAUGAUGAUGAAGCCCUUAGUCGAAAGGAUUACUAUGCUGGCAUGUUUCCUAAGGCUGUCGAUCAGAUCAAGGUGACAAAUCUUUUGUUGGCCUCUGACAUAGAGGGAAAUAUUCAUGCUUUAAAUAGGCACACCGGAGAACUGGUAUGGUCUUUAGUUGGUGAUGGACCUCUAGUUUCUAUUGUGUCUGACCAAGAGCCUGAGAUAAGGCCCCAGCUUAGAACUACAUCUACAUCAUAUUCGUCUAAAUCACACUCCACCAAUGGAAUGGAGCGAUUUCUAGAUGCACAGUCAUCCACGGUGAAUGCCAAUGGAAACAACAAUUCUUCUAAUAUAGGUGGCUCAGGAACGAGUUAUACUAGUUCUGAUAUGACGUGGAUAAUAGAGCCAUUUAAUGAUGGUACCAUAUAUCAUUUUACCCCUCAAAAUGGACUUCAGAAACUUCCAGCUUCAAUUAAGCAGUUGGUCAUGAAAUCCCCGUUUUCUUUAGGUGACGAGUUUAUAUAUACCGGCGUACGAAAGUCCGGAAUUGUAAAGGUGAAUGCUCGAACAGGGAAGUUGGUGAGUUCAUAUGGCAUAGAUUGUGCUACAAGCGGUGAAAUAAAUGGUGAGGAUCAUUUAAAAACGGUUGAUAAUGAAUUUGAUGACGAUUACGUGGAUGAGAUUAUGAAUAAUGAUGAAGGCGAAAAUGAAAAUGAAAAUGAAAAUGAAAACUACUACAACUCUAAUGAUGAUACUGAAGACGACAACACAAUUCUAUUGGGUAAGACAAUUUAUGAGUUGACCAUUCAUUCUAAGAAUGAUUCUUCUUGGAACAUAACGUAUACAGCCUGGGGCCCCAACAAUCUUCACUCAAAAUUAGCUGAGCAGAAUUUUGAGUCUGCUGAUAAUUUGUACAUACAGCCAUUGCAUGAUAGUUCUGUGCUUGCUCUUGAUUCUGAUAGUAAGUCUGUGAAAUGGGUAGCCAGUCUUCCGUAUGUUACCGUGAAUGUCUUUGAUGUCUACUUUGACGAAGACUCUUCGUUGGAUUCUCAACUCAUUGUUUUACCUCAUCCUUUGAAUGGUGAAUACAUGAGAAAUCCAGAAGAUCCGAAUGACGAGACCUCAACUUAUAUUGAACGAACAAAAGAAGGUUCUUGGUUUGCCAUGAAUGAGGUUCAUUAUCCAUCUUUAGUCCGAUCUGCUCCUAUCGCCAAGUAUAUAUCCAGCGAGCGAUGGAGAGUGCCAUCGAUUCUUUCCAACAGCGAAUUGCUGGGAAUCGCUAUAACGGGUGUGCACGAUAACUCAUUACGCAAUUCUGGAGAUAACCCUGCAUCGCCUAAUGGUCAUAACGACCCCUUAGAGGUUUACGAUCCGCUUCAACUUCCAUCUGUUAUGCCCACAGGUGAUGCAAUGAGCCGGUCUCGGCCAACAUCUGCCUAUAGUUAUAGAGAUUAUAAAGACUACAAAGAAAGGCUUGGCAUUGAAGGACCUCCUGCAAAUUACGUUGGUAGCCUUCCGGGGUCUACAUAUCGUUUUUCUUCUUGGAAGAGAUUGGUUUAUAGGGCAUUUGAAAACGUUGUUGUUGCUUGCUUGGGUAUCUUAAUAUUGUUGGUUCUAUCAAGAUUAGGCCUAUUGCAAUCUGCUAAUAAACUUCUAACGUUGAUUGGUCUUGGAAAGAGGCCGGAAUUGGAGUUGAAAGUGGAGUCUGAGUCUGGUGCCGAGGAAGGUGUGGAUUCCAAGCAUCCUGAGGAUGAAGUAUCUUUGAAGCGUAAAGUGAAGUUUAUCGAUAGGGCAAAUGUGCUGGAACCUAAAGCAGAUUUAGACGCACAAGACACCUCUCGGGGAUCCGUAGAUCUCAAUGGUAAAGAUGGGAAGUCAGAAUUACAUCAUCAUAAGAGAAAGCGGGGUUCAAGAGGUGGUCGAAAGAACAAAAAGAAAGAUUUCGUGUCUGUGGUUACUACUUCUGCCAUGGAAUCAACGGAUUCAGACGCCUUGGUUGGAAAUAACAACAAUAAGAACGUGCAAACUAUCCAGAUCAAUGAGAGCCUGUCUAUGACAGAUAAGAUAUUGGGUUAUGGUUCGCAUGGUACUGUUGUGUUCAGAGGAUCGUUCGAAGAUCGACCUGUGGCCGUCAAACGUAUGCUAAUUGACUUUUACAAGAUUGCAUCUCAGGAAAUCAAGCUUCUGCAAGAAAGUGAUGACCACUCCAAUGUAAUCCGGUAUUUCUGCUCUCAGCAGACGGACGGAUUUCUUUAUAUUGCUUUGGAAUUGUGUACGGCAUCUCUUGAAGAUGUCAUUGAAAGACGUACUGAAGCUUGUAAGAAGAUCCUGGAAGGUGCGAACUCAGUGAAUGUUCUCUGGCAGAUUACCAAUGGUCUUCAUCAUUUGCAUGCAUUGAAGAUUGUUCAUCGAGACAUCAAGCCGCAGAAUAUCUUGGUUGCAGAGCCCAAGAAAUUGGAUGGCAAAGACGAAUAUUCCGAUGCUCGGAUACUGAUUUCUGAUUUUGGACUUUGUAAGAAGCUGGAGGCUGAUCAGUCUUCCUUCCGUGCUACCACAGCUCAGGGGGCAGGCACUUCAGGCUGGAGAGCACCGGAGCUACUUCUUGAUGAUGCAGAUGCGUUGUCUGUGAUCUCUGAUUCUGUUGAUGGUACUCUGCACACGGAUAGUUCGAGUGUCUUGUUAGGCCACAACAGACGAUUGACUAGGGCCAUUGAUAUUUUUUCGACUGGUUGUGUUUUCUACCACUUCUUGACCGGAGGAGGUCAUCCCUUUGGCGAUAAGUAUUCGAGAGAGGGUAAUAUCAUCAAAGGUAUUUACGAUUUGUCAUUGCUUGAUGACACACUCUUCGAGUAUGAAUCCAAAGAUCUUAUUUCAUCGAUGAUCAACCACGAUCCAACAGAAAGACCGAACACUACUCAGGUAAUGAAGCAUCCAUACUUCUGGCCCAUAGAUAAAAAGUUGAACUUCUUAUUGAAAGUGUCCGAUCGGUUCGAAGUGGAGAGAAGAGAUCCUCCUUCCACGUUGUUGUUGAAGAUGGAGGACUGCGGAUGUGAAAUUAUAGAUACCAAGGGGAAGGGAUGGUACGGUAAGUUUGAUGAGAAAUUCUUGAAUAACUUGGGCAAAUAUAGAAAGUAUAGCUCCUAUAAGUUGAUGGACUUGUUAAGAGCGCUGAGGAACAAGUACCAUCAUUUCAAGGAUAUGCCCGAAGAUUUGGCUGUCGAUAUGGGACCUCUACCGGAGGGAUUUUACGACUACUUUUUGGAGAAGUUCCCCAACCUGUUGAUGGUUAUAUAUCAACUGAUAGAGGAGAACUUGAAGGACGACGAACUACUGGGUAGCUUCUUCUGA